UGGUGCCGUCGCAUACGUUAUUAACGCGAUUCCGUCGGCGGGGCGAGUAACUUGCGAGUGGGUGCUCCCGACGUUGCGCGGUACAGCGGUCGCCAUGGCAUCUGCCGCAUCUGACUGGAACGCCGCCUUCGUCGUGGUCGCUGCAGUCGCCGUUACCAUUGCUGCUUUAUGGCGGUGGCGGCGGAACAAGUUCAACUUCUUCAAGGAACGAGGCAUUCCUGGUCCCGAACCGAGCCUAAUCUCGGGAAACUUCUUCCAGCUGUGGAAUCAGGAUACAAUCAAGGUGUUGGACGAGUGGUCAAACACCUACGGCGACAUCUACGGUAUAUUCAACGGCGAUGCUCCAUUCCUGAUGGUGAAGGACCUGGAACUACUUCGACGCGUCUUCAUCAAGGACUUCGCCAUGUUUGUGGACAGAGGGGACGUGUGGGCCCUGAUGAGCGCCAAUCCUGAGCAACGUAACUCUCUGUCGUUUGCGAAGGCCGACCGGUGGAAGUUCAUCAGGCGUUUUGUCUCCAUGGCCUUCACGUCGGCAAAGUUGCGACCAAUGAUGGGCAACAUGAGCAAGGCCGUGGAUCACUUCCUAGACUUGCUAGAAGCCCGGUGUCGGCAAGCCCCCGACGGAGAGGCGAACGCCCACCCGCUGCUCGGCUGCCUCGCUUUCGAACUGGUGGCCGAGACCGCGUGCGGCCUCUUCUUGGACGUGCAGCACAAACCGAACGACAAGUACUUCGACUCGGCCAAGUCGUACACCCUGAACGUCGUCGACAGCGCCUACCAAAGGGCAGGUCAAUUCUUCUCUGGACUGAAGGGAAUUGUAUGCCUCCUGGAGCGACACUUUGGACAUGAGCCGCUUGUGGCCCUUGCCCAUAGAGCAGUGCCUAUCGUUGCAUUCAGGGAGAAAGACUCAAGCCUAGCUCGCCCAGACCUGCUGCAGACUCUUUUGGAGGCAAAGGUUCCGGAAGAGUUACUCACGAAAUGUGAAUUUCGUGAGCGUCCGAACGCCAAAGGAGACUUCCUCAUGCCGGUCAGGCAUGUCGCAAGUAACGCCGCCACCAUACUGACCGCUGGGUUUGAGACUGUAUCAGCCAACAGCUCCCACUGCGCCUUCUGCCUGGCCAAGUAUCCAAGGUCCAAGAAAAAGUCCGACAAGAAGUGAACGCUGCUUUCGAAAAACAUGGCGGAUUCACCUACGACGCCAUCAGUGAUCUGGCUUACACGACACAGGUGAUAUUCGAGACACUUCGCCUGUACUCUCCAGUAGUAGCGUUCACAUCAAGGCAAGCCGCCUCCGAUUACCGUUACAAGGACAUGAUCCUGCCGAAAGGGCUCAACAUUAUGGCCUGCACCCAACAGAUACACAUGGACCCUCGACACU